UGGAAAGAUAAUUAUUAUUUCUUUUAAAAACUUAUUAUUAUGGUUAAUUUAUUUAAAAACUAUUAAAUUUAAGUAAAACUGUCUGUGUAACAAUUAAACAAACAAAUAAAAUAUGAAUUAAAUGUAUAAAUAGUGUUAUAUAAAAUAAAUGUUGUAAAUAAAAUUCAAAUUUGGCGCGUGAAUCCUUGAAAGUGGGCCGGUGGACCCCGUAGCGCGUUGUUGUGAUCUAACAUGGCGGAGAGUAGUGUUGUGGCUGUUGAGUGUCUACGUCAAUUUUAGAAUAAAUAUCUGUGAGCUGGGAAGGCAUUAAUGACGAUGCCCAACGCUUGUGUGUUACCUAUAAUAAAUUUAAAAUUCAUAAAACGCUAAAUUAAUAAGAGGUUAUAAUUAAUUAUUUGUAUAGAUAAAUAAAUUGAAGACAAAGUGCAAGACGAAUUGUACUGAAAGAAAAAAAAAAAACAAUUAAAGUAACAGUGAUUGUAGGAAAGAGGUUAAAGGCAUGCUAGUUAGUAAACGAUAAGACAAAACAUUAAGUGUGACAAUUAACGUGCAAAAUGACUGACACAAGAAGACGAGUGAAGCUUUAUGCUUUGAAUGCUGAUAGACAAUGGGAUGAUCGUGGUACUGGACAUGUAUCUUCAUCUUAUGUUGAGAGACUUAAAGGGAUCUCAUUAUUGGUCAGAGCUGAGAGUGAUGGUUCUGUUUUAUUAGAAAGUAAAAUACAACCAGAUACUGCAUAUCAAAAACAACAGGAUACCCUGAUUGUAUGGUCGGAAGGAGACAAUUUUGAUCUUGCUCUCAGUUUUCAAGAGAAAGCAGGUUGUGAUGAAAUAUGGGAAAAAAUAUGCCAAGUUCAAGGCAAAGAUCCAUCAGUCGAAAUUACCCAAGAUAUCGUUGAAGAGUCAGAAGAUGAACGAUUUGAUGAUAUGUCUGAUUCGGCACCACCGAUUGAAUUACCACCAUGUGAAUUAAGCCGCCUUGAAGACAUAAAUGAACUUAUUGGUAAUUGUUUAUCAACACCAGUACGAAAAGAAAAAUUAGCAAUGGCAAUUGAAUCCGAGGGUUAUAUUAAAAAAUUAUUAAAUUUAUUUCAUACAUGUGAAGAUCUUGAAAAUAUUGAAGGUUUACAUCACUUGUAUGAUAUAUUUAAAAAUAUAUUCCUGUUGAAUAAAAAUGCCCUAUUUGAAGUAAUGUUCAGUGAGGAUGUUAUUUUUGAUGUGGUGGGUUGUUUGGAGUACGAACCUUCAUUACCACAACCAAAGAGACAUCGAGAGUAUUUACGUCAAUUGGCAAGAUUUAAACAAGCAAUUCCUAUAACAAAUGCUGAAUUAUUAGCUAAAAUUCAUCAAACCUAUCGUGUCCAGUAUAUACAGGAUGUAGUUUUACCAACACCAAGUGUAUUUGAGGACAAUAUGCUCAGCACACUAAGUAGCUUUAUAUUUUUCAAUAAAGUUGAAAUAGUUACUUUAAUACAAGACGAUGAAAGGUUUUUAACUGAACUAUUUCGACAAUUAACCGAUGAGUCGACUUCAAUAUGUAAACGACGUGAUUUAGUUUUAUUUCUAAAGGAAUUUUGUAAUUUUUCACAGAAUCUUCAGCCACAAGGCAAAGAAGCAUUUUAUCGAACACUAACGGCACUUGGUAUUUUACCAGCACUUGAAAUAACAUUAGCAAUAAAUGAUGCCCAAACUAAAACAGCCAGUAUUGAUAUACUGACAUAUAUUGUUGAAUAUUCACCUAGUGUUGUUAGAGAUUAUACAUUACAACAAAUAAAUAAUACUGAGCAAGAUCAGAUGUUAAUAAAUGUUAUUGUAGCUCAACUUGUUGGUGAUACAGAUCCAGAAUUAGGUGGUGCUGUACAACUUGCUGGUGUUUUACGUUUAUUACUCGACCCUGAAAAUAUGUUGGCUUCUGUCAAUAAAUCUGAGAAGACUGACUUUCUAAAUUAUUUCUAUAAAAACAGUAUCGUAACAUUGAUUGAACCAUUAUUAGCAAAUACUAUUGGUGAUAAACCAGUACGUGAAGAUUAUCGCACAGUACAAUUAUUAGGAUUGAUUCUUGAAUUGUUAUCAUUUUGUGUUGAACAUCACAUGUAUCAAAUUAAAAAUUGCAUUUUAAACAAAGAUUUAUUACGAAGAAUAUUAAUUCUCAUGAAAUCAACGCAUACAUUUUUAGUGCUAUGUGCAUUGAGGUUUAUGCGUAAAAUAAUUGCAUUAAAAGAUGAAUUUUAUAAUAGAUAUAUCAUAAAGGGUAAUUUAUUUGCACCUGUAUUUGAUGCGUUCGUAAGAAAUAAUGGUAGAUACAAUCUAUUGGAUUCAGCUAUACUCGAAAUGUUCGAAUUUAUUAAAUUGGAGGAUAUCAAAUCACUGUGUUCACAUGUUGUUGAAAAUUUCUCCAAAGAAUUAGAAGCAAUUGACUACGUACAAACAUUUAAGGCAUUAAAAUCAAGGUAUGAACAGCAUCAGGAUAAACUUAAGGAUCGUGAUCGAGCUACUCUCGAGAGUGUACCAUCGAUUUUACGCAACAGUCGGUAUAGACGAGACCAAAGGCAGCUAGAUGAGGACGAGGAAAUGUGGUUUAAUGAAGAGGAAGAUUUUGAUGAAGGUGAAGCUGUUGUUCCAGCUGCUGCUGCUGAUCUUGUACCACCGGCGUCUGCUAAAAAACAACCACCAAGUCCUAAUUCAGCACCCAAUCCUAUUCCUGCUGAUUCUAAAACCCAACAGCAGACUGUGUUAAAUAACAACACUGCCAAUAAUACCUCGGCAACGCAGCAAUCUCAAGUUAACAGUAGUAGUCCCACGGGGAAUGAAUCUUCGAUCUCAUCUGGAAUUAUGACCAGCUCCACGGACGAUUGUGAAAAAGCUGGUGCGACAGUUUUUAAAAAGGGAUUAGUAGAUUAUGAAGGUGAUUCUGAUGAGGAUGAUGAAGAUCCAGAAUUAAAUCCUUCACCUAAAAGACAGCGUCUCGCAUAGUAAAUAAAUAAACAUCAAGAGGAAUAAUAGUGCUAAGACUAAUGAUCGCCGUCGCUGUUCUUCCCUCUGAUAGGUUUAUACUCAAAUUGAUUUUAGAUUAUUUUGAUCUACUUUGUUUAUAUACAGUCAAUAACAAUUAGAUCAUAAUUUAAUUAUCUUAAUUAUGUAUCUAUAUAAAGAUACAUGAGUUUAAUUCCAUAAGGGGGGAAAAUAUAUUUUUUAACUUUCGUGCAUCGUGGACAUUGACACAACUGUCUGUGCUAAUUUCUUGUACAGUUUAAAAACAAAAGGAGCAGCCAUACAAGAGAAUUUAAAGGAUAAUUAUAAUAUUAAUAAUAAUCAUGAAAAUAAUAAUAAUAUUAGAUCAAGAAGAAAAAAAAGUGAAGAAGAUAAAUAUUGCAAAUAAGAAUAAUUAAAUUAAGAAUUAUUAACGCGGAUGAAGUUAAAGUAGCGUUGAUUAUAAAUUUGUAAAACUUUGAAUUUUUUUUUUUUCUUAAUAAUAAUUAAGAAUUUAUUACAAAAUCGCUUAUUGUACGACUAUGUUGUGUAAAGAUAUAGUAAAUUUCAACAUAAAAAUAUCAUUAUUUUAUUUCAGUGGUUUAGUAUAUUCCCAUUUAUUUAAAGUAAAGUCAUUUUUUUAAAACUAAAUAAAUUCAUUAUAAAUGCGUGGACAAUUAAUUAUUAUCGUAAUAAGUUGCUAUUAUAACAAAUAGCUGAUACUUUUUAUUCGAUACAUAUUUUUUAUGAAUAUUAGUACCAAAACAAUAUUAUACAAGA